AUGCCCAAGACUGGGACCAGUGAAGUGAUCGGCGGUGAUUACGCACUGGGGAAGGACUGCAUCAUGCACGGCUACAUGCUGAAGCUGGGAAACCCCUUCCUGACGCAGUGGCAGCGGCGAUACUUCUACCUGUUCCCCAACCGCGUGGAGUGGAGGGGUGAGGGCGAGUCGCGGCAAAACUUGCUAACAAUGGAGCAGAUCGUGUUGGUGGAGGACUCGCAGAUUAAAGACAAGAAGUGCAUCUUGUUACGGAUUAAAGGAGGGAAGCAGUUUGUCCUGCAGUGUGAGAGCGACCCUGAGUUCGUGCAGUGGAAGAAGGAGCUGACCGAGGCCUUCACUGAGGCUCAGAAGCUGCUGCGUCGAGCCCCCAAGGUGAUCAGCAAGACCCGCACAGCUGUGGUGGAGCUUUCCAAACCCCCACUCACCCACCGGAACAGCAACGGCCUCUAGAGAGGGGAGACCGAGAGAGUCUGGAGAGGGGAAAGCGAGAGAGGAGGAGGAGGAGGAGGAGCUGCUGCCGUCGUCAUCAGGAGACUCCGAUAUCACCUCAUUCAUGUAGUUUUAUUUAGUUAUUUGUUCAACAAGUCUUAAAGCAAACCAGCAGCAGCAGCAACACCACCACCAACAACAAUGACAAAGCAAAAGACAAGCAUGUGUGUAAAUAUUCGCUAACAUAUCGGAGAUUCAGAUGUGAUGUUUCUCUCCCUGGACUGGGGGAGGCUUUUAAAGACUGCCAUGGGACUGUCUUUGCCCGUGCUGUGUUACUGUAUAAUGGAGCUGCCACAGCGUAGCUUACCCCCCCCCCCUCUUCAAGCACCUUUACGGGUCACUGUACGCCCCCCACCCCCUGAUGGUUCAUAUCGGAGGUGUUGGUGGAUAGGGGUAAGCAGAUCAGCAGUGGGAAUGCUUUGUUUGCCCACCAGGGUGGCCUUUAAAAGCAGCUUGCGGCAGUGAUUGAUUUCUUUUUUUUUAAUUGUUUGAAUUCUUUUUUGUUUUUUUUAUUUAACAAAUGCACAAUUUAAAAAAAAAAAAAAAAAAGUUCAAACCUACUUGAUGAUUCUUUUUUUUUUUUCCCCCUUAAAAAAAAUCUAAAUUGAUCCAAAUCAUAAAAUUGAAAGUGACCCUGGGGAGGGGGUCCAUGUGUGUUUUGUUUCUGUGAGGAGUGGCAGCUGCUGCUCCCCAACCCCCCACCACCCAUAUCUCUCCUUGCUGAGGAACGCUCUCUUUGCACUUUCUGCCCGAGACUUUGGGCAAUGCUUUUUCUUGUGGUUACAUAUCUGUCCUAACUAAUGCACCUGGCAGUAUCUUUGAUCUGCACUGGCUUGGCGUGGUCGAGAAGCGACUGCUGCCUACUCUCCUGUCUUCUUGUACUACUCAUCCUGUUGCAUGACUGAGGACAGAGACGCCCAUUCCCGGACACAACCAAACCAAAAAACAACCUCAUCCGCAGCCUUGUGAAGACAGCUGCCUCUGCCCCCGAAUACUGUACUGAGGGGUGGGCUGCACUAUGAGACUGUGCUGGGUGUUGAAUGGGGUAGAAGCUGUAGGCUUUGCUGGCUGGACUGUGCCAUAAUAGGAAGGGUGGAGGGGUGCUCGUUAUUUGCUGGAAUGUACCACAAUCUGAGCUUUUGGGAGGGGAUGUUGAUAGUUCACAGUGUUUCUUUAUCCGAGUAGGUGGAGGCAAUGUUUCAUCAUCCUUUCACCACAAUGUGCAAAAGUGCCAAGGGCCUUGAACCUGAAACAAUAUCUUUCUUUGAAUAUUCCAGCGAAGGUGUACAUAGCGUGCGAAGACUGCAGGGAUACAUUGCGACAACGCAAGAAAGCCAAUGUGGUUAGCAUUCAGGGGGUCCCGUAGCCUCAUAGGUCUUCAGCCAGAGAUGGAGACACAAGUGAUUCUGAUUGGGUGUCACUCCUGGGCAGGACCACCCUGUCCCUCUGACAUCACUGGAGCUGGAAUUCUGGCUGCUCGCUGAAUGCCUGUGUAUCUUUAAUCUUAUUCUGUGUAUGUAUAUAUCGACCUGUCUGUCUGUCUUGCAGGGGUCUGUAGGCGCUUUUGAAAACCUUCCUUUUACAGGUCAUAAAGAACUGUGACUGAAUGACCCUUUGGGUUUUAUGUCAGUAAUUGCUUUGCAAUGGUGAUGCAUCAAAAUAGCCAAUUCCAUGGGGGUAAGCCAAACAAUGCUCUAAAAUAGAAGUGCUGUGUAUAUGAAAGGUCAUUUCUCAGUCCUCCUUGUGGAUAAACCAUGCCUUAUAAUUCUUUGUUUUUUUGGUUUAGUAAGACAGGAGCAUAAAACCGUGUGCGCGUGUGCAAGUGUAUAGUGUUCAUAUUUAUCCUGUAAUUGUAGUUAGAAUAAAACCUUGAUGUAAUUGAUGAAUCUAAACCUGGAACAGAACAUGAGAGAUCCAUGUUGGCAGACACCAGGCCCACCCAGGACAGAUCCUGCUUUUAGAGCCUUCUCUGCACCUUUGGCAAUCUGCAUGAAUUCAAACCAUGUUUUAACCACUGCACUCCAUUAGCCCAGCGUAUUGACACCAGUAAACGGCUGCAUUGCUUGCUGUUUCCUUCCUCAUGGUUUUUUCUUCGUUGCCACUCAGAUCCCUCGUGCAUGCUGUUAGUGUGAGUAUGUUUGGGUGUGAGUCUGCAGGGGUGUGCAAGCAGUGCGACUUCAUCCAGGGUAUUUGUUAAUGGGUCACCCUUUCAGACAGGAGUGACUUACUAUCCAAAGAGGACUCUGAAAUUCCCUUUUCAUAUUCACUGUGUGUUUGGGACCACAGCCAGGAUUUCAACCCAAAUGUGAAAUCAGGAUCCUGCCCGGUUUCAAAAUAGUUAAUAACCUUGCCCCUACUCCCAGUGCUGUCUCCCAGCUUUAUUUAUUUGAGUGUGGAAGCUUGCCAGAAUAUUUUUUAUGUUUUUGGGGUCUGUAACCCUCACCUGGGGUCCUUUUCAUAUGCAUUCACCUGCACUUGUUCUUCACUGACUGCAGUAGUUACAGAAUGAACUGGUCUCUCACAUCCAAGGUCCCGGGUUCAAAUCCUGCAGAAUUCGCAAGCCAUAGAACUGGCCAGUUACUGUUAUAUUUGCUGGGCAAUAAAUAUGUUUGGCUUAA